UGGUAUUGAUAAAGUUACAGUGUAUCUGAGCGCUGGGUUCUCUGUAGAGCUCUUUAAACAGGUAGAAUGGGUCGCAAGGUGACGUUAGCCACGUGCUCUCUGAAUCAGUGGGCUCUGGAUUUUGAUGGGAAUCUGAGGAGAAUUCUGAACAGUAUUGAAAUAGCCAAAGCCAAUGGAGCCAAAUACAGACUGGGACCAGAACUGGAAAUCUGUGGAUAUGGAUGUGCUGAUCACUUCUAUGAAUCAGACACUCUUCUCCACUGCUUCCAAGUCCUCAAAGAGCUGCUGGAGUCUCCGCUGACCCAGGACAUUAUCUGCGAUGUUGGCAUGCCUGUUAUGCAUCACAACGUUCGCUAUAACUGCAGAGUCCUUUUUCUCAACAAAAAGAUUUUACUGAUCCGUCCAAAAAUGCUGCUGGCUAAUCACGGCAACAACCGGGAAUUCCGCUGGUUUUCACCUUGGAGUCAGCCCAGACAUGUUGAGGAAUAUUUUUUGCCCAGGAUGAUCCAGGACGUGACGGGGCAGGUGACGGUGCCAUUCGGAGAUGCAGUUCUCUCCACUAAGGACACCUGUAUAGGGAGUGAGAUCUGUGCUGAGCUGUGGAAUCCCAGAAGUCCUCAUGUUGACAUGGGCUUGGAUGGUGUUGAGAUCUUUACCAACUCCUCUGCCAGCUACCACGAGCUCCGCAAGGCUGACCACAGAGUCAACUUGGUGAAAUCAGCCACUACAAAGAGUGGAGGAAUCUACCUGUUUGCUAAUCAGAAAGGGUGUGAUGGGGACCGGCUGUAUUAUGACGGCUGCUCUAUGAUUGCCAUAAAUGGAGACAUUGUGGCUCAGGGUGUGCAGUUCUCUCUGGAUGAUGUGGAGGUUGUUACAGCAACUCUGGACCUGGAGGAUGUGCGCAGCUAUCGUGGAGAGAGAUGCCACCCGCACAUGGAGUAUGAACACAAACCAUACCACAGGAUUAAGGUGGAUUUCUCCUUGUCUGACUGCAAAGACAUCUUCUUGCCCACCCACCAGCCUGUGGACUGGGUCUUUCACUCCCCCGAGGAAGAGAUCAGUCUUGGUCCUGCAUGCUGGUUAUGGGACUAUUUGAGGAGGAGUGGUCAGGCCGGCUUUCUUCUUCCUCUCAGUGGUGGAGUAGACAGCUCCUCUUCAGCCUGCAUCGUCUACUCCAUGUGUGUGCUGGUCUGUCAGGCAGUCAAAGAUGGCAAUGUGCAGGUGUUGGAAGAUGUUUGGCGGCUGGUCAGCGAUUCAUCAUACAGGCCAGAAGACCCACGGGAGCUGUGUGGUCGGCUCUUCACCACCUGCUACAUGGCCAGUGAGAACUCCUCUGAGGACACUCGCAACCGAGCUAAAGAGCUAGCGGCUCAGAUUGGCAGCAAUCAUCUAAACAUCAACAUUGACAUGGCAGUAAAAGGCAUUCUGGGAAUCUUCUCAGUGGUGAUGGGGAAGCUGCCUAAUUUCCGAGUAAAUGGAGGGAGCAACAGGGAGAACCUGGCUCUGCAGAAUGUACAGGCCCGGGUCAGGAUGAUUCUGGCCUAUCUCUUCGCUCAACUCUGCCUUUGGGCUCAAGGGAAGCCUGGAGGUCUGCUGGUCCUCGGAUCAGCUAAUGUAGAUGAAAGCUUGACUGGCUACUUCACGAAGUAUGAUUGCUCCAGCGCUGAUAUAAACCCUAUAGGAGGAGUUAGCAAGAUGGACCUGAAGCGAUUCCUGCAGUACUGCACAGACCACUUUCAGCUCACUGCUCUUAAGAGCAUUCUGGUGGCUCCUCCCACUGCAGAGCUGGAACCCCUGACUGAGGGACAGGUGUCUCAGACUGACGAGGCUGAUAUGGGGAUGACCUAUUCUGAGCUGUCUGUUAUUGGCAAGCUCAGGAAGAUUUCCAAGUGUGGCCCGUACAGCAUGUUCUGCAAGCUCAUCCACUCAUGGAGAGAGACCUGCUCCCCUACACAGGUGGCUGCCAAAGUGAAGCACUUCUUCAGGAUGUACUCAGUCAACAGGCACAAGAUGACCACAGUGACUCCGUCCUACCAUGCUGAAAGCUACGGCCCUGACGACAACCGCUUUGACCUCCGUCCCUUUCUCUACAACACUCGCUGGUCCUGGCAGUUUGGCUGCAUCGACCAAGAGGUUUCCAUGAUGGAGGCUGGAUAUGCAGAAUACAUCUAAUGACUGUUUUUGCUGUUCUGCUUGGAGGUCAUUGUGUCAAAAUUCAUCAUACCAAAUAUCACGGUUAACUGUAACAUGCUGCAGCAUGUUUAUUCUCAAUAAUGUAAUUUUUCACACAGAAUUUUAUAAAUGCUUUCUACUGUUUUUUCUCUUUCUUGUUUCAUUAUAAAUAAAACAGUACUGUAGUUUUA